AUGGCUGGUUCAGUUAGGAAAGAGUGCAUGUCAAGUCUUCUAGUCUUCUUCUUCUUCUUCACAUGGUUUCUCUCUGCAACUUCAUAUGAUCUGCUUAGCAGCGACCCAGAUGAAUCAUCAUCCUCGUCACUUCACGUUAAGUUGCGGUUGGCGGUCAAGUGUUGUUGUCCAAAAGAAGAAGGCGUUUCAAAGGCCAGGAGGUUUCUCGUUACAUAUCCAGCGAGUGAGGGCGAAAGCGUUUCAAGCUUGGCAGACAAGAUCAAGACAAGAGAGGAUGCUAUUGUCUCUGCAAACAGCAGCAACAACACUGGUGUGGUUCCACUUCCACUUCCACGCACCCCACCUCUUGAUCAUAAACCGCAGAACACCACCACCACGACGAGUCGCCAGAAGAAAAAACGGUCAAAGAUGAAGAAGCUGAUGAUGGCUGUGAGCGGCGCGAUUGCUGGAGUUAUGGGUCUUAUAACUCUCAUGGUGUUGGGUUACUUGCACUGGAAGAAAGAGACGCGUCUGGAAAGCUGGAUUAGCAAUAAAGAUCCAGAGACGAGGCAGCUGAGCCUGAGCAUCAGAACCACCAGUGACAAGAAAAUCUCCUUUGAAGGGUCACAGGAGGGGUCCAUAUUGGAAUCUGUUGUUGGCACCACAACACCCCGAAAGCCCCUGCUGGAGAUAUACGAGUUUGAGGAGCUUGAGAGAGCCACUGAUAAUUUCAGCUCAAGCAAUCACAUCAAAGGUUCGGUUUAUUUCGGUUGUCUCAAAGGCAAAGACUUGGCAAUCAAGCAAGUGAGCGCAAGUGUAAUGAAAAGAUUCGAUUUUGGGCUUCUGAACGAUCAAUCACACUACUACAAUCACAAUCUGAUGAGGGUACACGGGACAUGUUUCAGAGAAGAGGGUGGUUGUUAUCUGGUUUUCGAGUAUGCAAAGAAUGGGUCACUGUGGGAUUGGCUGCAGAACAAAUUGGCCAUCAAGAAUCAGUUCAUCGAGUCUUGUUACUGUUUCUUGGCAUGGAAACAGAGGAUCAAGAUCUGUCACGAUGUGGCCAUCGCCUUAAAGUUUAUGCAUCGGAUUAACUAUGUACACGGCAACAUCACGAGCAGAAACGUCUUCUUGAAUGGAGAUCUUAGAGGUAAAGUGGGAAAGUUUGGCAUGUCAAAGGAUGCACCAGUACAGGGUUCUCCAGCUACUGACGUGUUCGCUUACGGGAUCAUGGUAAUGGAGGUUUUGUCAGGACAAACCCCAGAGAUGUUGCUUGGAGCCCGAGAAGAAGAAAAUAGGGUAGGGGAGUGGAAGAGAGUGAGAGGGGUAUUCGGGGAGAAGGAAACGCUGAGGGAAGAGAUGGAUAGCACGUUGGGGGAGAGCUAUUCAGUUGAUUCAGCCUAUGAAAUGGCAAGAAUUGCAACUGACUGUACUGAAGAAGAAGCAGAGUUAAGGCCGAGCGCGGCUGAGAUUGCAGAGAGGGUUUCCCGAUUGGUGGAAGAAGACGACGACGAGGAGGCUGCUGUAUUAAUAGAGAGAGAUAACACCUUGAUUUCAGAGAGUUCUUACAAGCCUUUGGUAAGGAAUGCUAGUAUAGAUGAAUGCUAGUUUGUAAUAUAUAUUAUUAUUGCAUCCAAGUUAAUAAAU